GCCGGCAGGCAGGCUAUGGAACUUACUCCGUACAGUAAUCCGUGCAUACCACCGCGAAGCUCAACCAAUCAGUCAGCGUCAAUUGUCAGAGCAGGUGGUCCGUGCCGAGCUCCAAUGAGCACCGCUACGCAUUCGAGUCGGGACAACGGGAAUUGAGGAAUUGCGACGCCGAAACCGAUUGACGCCAUUGCUCGACGCACCACUCCAGCCGCAGCCAUGGCGAGCAAGCUGACCCCCGUUCUCAUGCGGACGGCCGCCCGGACGGCGAGCCGGACAGCAGCGCGGCCACUGGCGGCCCAGGCCCGCGCCUUCUCGCUCUCGGCGAGGAAACAGAGCGACACGCUCAUGGUGCACCGCAACACGCCCGACAACAACCCCGACAUCCCCUUCAAGUUCACCGAGCAGAACGAGGCCAUCAUCGCCGAGAUCCUCAAGCGCUACCCGCCGCAGUACAAGAAGGCCGCCGUCAUGCCGCUGCUCGACCUGGGCCAGCGGCAGCACGGCUUCACCAGCAUCAGCGUCAUGAACGAGGUGGCGCGCAUCCUCGAGAUGCCGCCGAUGCGUGUCUACGAGGUGGCCUCCUUCUACACCAUGUACAACCGCACGCCGGUCGGCAAGUUCCACGUGCAGGCCUGCACAACGACACCGUGCCAGCUCGGCGGCUGCGGCAGCGACGCCAUCGUGCAGGCGAUCAAGGAGCACCUGGGCAUCAAGCAGGGCGAGACGACGGCGGACGGGCUGUUCACCUUCACCGAGGUCGAGUGCCUGGGCGCGUGCGUCAACGCGCCCAUGGUGCAGAUCAACGACGACUACUACGAGGACCUGACGCCCGAGACCAUCAAGUCGCUGCUGACGGCGCUCCGGGAGAGCGCCGCGGACGUGAGCAAGGCGGCGGCCGUGCCCAAGCCCGGCCCGCUGAGUGGGAGGAAAACGUGCGAGAACAGCGCCGGCAUCACCAGCCUGACGAGCGAGCCGUGGGGGAUCGAGAAGACGAGGCCCGAUUUGUAGACUAACUGACCGACGAACCUCUGGCGGGGGGUAGAGCGGGGAGCGUGUAGGCUGAUGAUAGACGGAUGUUACAAAAGCGGAAGAAACCAUGUGUAGUGUCCAUGACUGUGCAGCAUUUGGCCCCAACGCAUUACGUUAAACGGACCGAAUGCGACUGCUCUUGGAGGUCGUCGUUUAAACUCUCACGAAUAGGUUGCUACCCUCUGACGUUCCAUCCCGCAUCUCCUGCGUUUUCUCGUCGUAU